UGUGCGGCUCAUUGCAUUGCUGGGGCCAGACCCCCGUGACUUCUGCAGUUGUCGCAGUAUUCUCCUUUUGGGGACUCACAUCCCUGUGAAGAGCAGCAGGGGGGGGGUCUUGCUGGUUUGGUGGGGAGAUGUCUCUUCCUUCGGUGUACCAGCACAAGUUUGCUGAGAAACUGACGAUCCUCAAUGACAGAGGCAAGGGGGUCCUCGUCCGUUUGUACAAUAUCAAGAAGACAUGCACAGAUUCCCGGGCCAAGCCGGCGUUCUUCACGGAGAAGACCAUGGAGCCUUGCAUCAAAUAUAUCAACAAGAAGUUCCCCAACUUGGACACACGGAGCAGCACGCAACAUUUGGGGCCGGUGCACAAAGAGAAAGCAGAUAUUUUCCGGGCUCUCACUGCGUAUUAUCAGACCUUUGUGGAUGUGUUGGAAUUCCGGGACCAUGUCUAUGAACUGUUGAACACCAUUGAUGCCAGCCAGUGCUACUUCGACAUUCAUGUGAACUACGACUUCACCAAGAAUUACCUGGACCUAAUUGUCACCUACGCAUCGGUCAUCUUGCUCCUUUGUCGUAUUGAUGACCGCAAAGCCCUGAUCGGCUUGUACAACUGUACCUAUGAGAUGAUCCAUGGAACCAGUGACCCCAGUUUCCCUCGGUUGGGUCAGAUGGUGCUGGAGUAUGAGAAUCCCUUGCGCAAGCUGAUGGAGGAGUUUGGACCGCACACCAGGGCUGUGAGCAAUGCCCUUCUUUCGCUGCACUUCCUCUUUGCCCGUCGAAACCACUCAGCCGACCAGUGGCGAAGCGACCAACUCUUCAGUCUGAUCAGCAACCCUGCAAGCAUGCUAGCCCCUGCCAAUUCAGAUACGAUGGCCUGUGAAUAUCUUCCUCUGGAGUUUCUUGAGCGAUGGAUUGUGAUUGGGUUCCUGCUGUGCCACAGCUGCCUGGGCUCCACACAGAGUUGCCUGGAUCUGUGGCGGACGGCUCUCCGGGGCUCCCUGUACAUCACCCUCGUAAGGGAUGAAGUACUUGCAAUUCACAAAGUCACUGAGGAGGCCUUCAGUAGCAUCAAAGGUUAUGGGAAACGCAUAGCUGAUAUCAAAGAAUGCAAGGAACAUGCUCUGGCACACAGUGGACAGCUGCAUCGAGGCCGGCGUAAUUUCCUGAGGAAUGCUGUGCGGGAGAUGGAGGCCGUCCUGGCCAAUGAACCGGGGCUGUUGGGGCCAAAGGUUGUCUAUGUCUUCAUGGCACUGUCGUUCUGCCGCGACGAGGUCACCUGGCUUUGCCGCCAUAGUGAGCAUGUCAGCAAGGGCAAGAACCCCGAAGACUUUUCUGACAGCCACCUGGCUGAGCUCCUGUUCUUGAUGCAGGAGCUCCGUAGUCUGCUUCAACGUCACCAGAACCUCCUACAGCGCUACUACGUCCAGUAUUUGUCACGCUUCGAUGCCUUGGUGUUGAGUGACAUCAUCCAGGACCUGACGGUGUGCCCGGAAGAAGAAUCGGUGAUCAUGUCAUCUUUUGUCAGCUCACUCUCAUCCCUGUCUAUCAAACAAGGUGAUGAAAAUGCGAAAUUUGAUUUUUUGGGACUAAGGCUGGAUUGGUUCAGGUUACAGGCAUAUACCAGUGUCAGCAAGGCCCCCCUGCAGCUGCGUGAGAAUCCCGACGUGGCCAAGGUGAUGAACCUCAUUGUCUUUCACACCAAGAUGCUGGACUCCGUGGAAGAGUUGAUGGUGGAGACCUCUGACCUCUCCGUUUUCUGCUUCUACGUGCAUCUUAUGGAGAAGCUCUUUGCAUCCACCAUGGAAGAACCGUCCAUGCUGCGUUAUGCCAUUGCUUUCCCACUUGUGUGUGCUGACUUCACCCAUGCCACCCAUUCUUUGUGCCCCGAGGAGUGCCCUCACCUGCGGAGCUGUGCCUUGGGUCUGUGUAACAAUUUCCUGGAAGAGAUCGCCCGGCAGGCUUCUUCGUACAUCCUGGACACCUGUGCUGAACAGCGUAACCUGAGCGAGCAGCUCUUGCCCAAGCACUGCGCUGCCACCAUCAGCAAGGCCCGGAACAAGCGAGCCCGCAAAGCGGCAUCCAAGAAGGGAGAGCCGGAGAGGGACAAACCAGGUGCAGAGAGCCACCGGAAAGACCGCAGCCUCGUCACAAAUCUCGACAAGCUGCACCUGAUGCUGACCGAGCUUUGCUGGAGCCUCAACCACGUACCCAGUUUCCUUGUCUUCGAGCACACAGUGACCCCAGCGGAGUACCUCAGCAGCCAGCUGGAGACGCGUCUCAGCAGGUCGCUGGUGCGUCUGGCGAAGGCGAGCCCAGGCUCUGCAGAGUUGGCACGGCCCUCCGAAGUGUUGGCAAGCGUGCAGGCGUACACUACGUUCUUGGUCUCCCUGAUGCAUCGCGUGGGGCUGGACACGGGGCGCCUGCUCCGUAACGUGCUUCUGCAGCAGACCCAGCCUCUGGAUGCAGCCGGUGAACAGACCCUCACCACACUCUACACUAACUGGUACCUGGAGUCCCUUUUACGCCAAGCAAGCAUGGGCACCAUUGUUCUUUCACCUGGCAUGCGUGCUUUUGUCAGUUUACCCAAAGAGGGAGAGCCAACCUUCAGUGCGGAAGAGUUUUCUGACGUCUCAGAGAUGCGAGCCCUGGCUGAGCUCCUCGGGCCCUAUGGUAUGAAGUUCCUCAGCGAUAACCUCAUGUGGCAUAUCACCUCACAAAUGGUGGAGCUGAAGAAACUAGUGAUUGAGAAUAUGGAUGUCCUAGUUCAGAUCCGAUCUAACUUCUACCAGGUGGAGCAGAUGGCAAUGCUCCUGCCCCGCCUCACAGCCAUAGAAAAUGUGCUGAAGAGGAUGACCAUUAUUGGGGAGAUUCUCUGGUUCCGGUCCAUAGCCCAGGAGGGCCUUCAAGAAGUCUUCACCAAUCGCUGCCCUUUUCUGAUGGGCCCCAUUGAGUGUCUGAAGGAAUUUGUGACCCCCGAUACGGAUAUCAAGGUCACCUUGAGCAUCUUUGAACUGGCCACAGCUGCAGGGUCCCCCUGUGACAUCGAUCCAGCCUUGGUGACUGCCUUCUCCAACCUGAAAAAAGAUGGCUCGUCCCCCGAGGAGGAAUACAAGGUUGCCUGCCUGUUGCUGGUCUUCGUGGCCGUGUCUCUGCCACUCCUGGCCACCGACCCUUCCUCUGUCUAUGCCGCUGAGAUAGACGGCUAUAAUAACAACAUCCACUGUCUAGCUAAAGCCAUCAUCCAAGUUUCAGCUGCUCUCUUCACUGUCCACAAUAAGAACAUCGAGGUCCACCUCAAGGAAUUCCUGGUGCUAGCCUCCGUGAGCCUCUUGCAGCUGGGGCAGGAAGUUGACAAGAUGAAAGCAAAGAACAAGGAGUCCAUCUCUCUACUCAUGCACUUGCUCGUGGAAGAGUCGUCCUUCCUCACCAUCGACAUGCUGGAGACCUGCUUCCCUUACGUGUUGCUGCGAAAUGCUUACCGUGAAGUCUCCAGGGCCUCUGUCUUGAGCCGGCUUCCCACGCACUGACCGCCUCUCUCUUCACCUUUAAAGCCAAAAGGCAAGGCCUGUGCUUGUCCAUCCGGCACACAAAUGCAGAAUGCCCCACAUUUAUCCCCCUGCCUGCAAAGGGGGAUAAGUAGGAUUUGGGGUAUUCACAAUAAGGAUUCUUUUGCCUCCCUCUGCUUCCAUACAGAGGCUUUUCCUCCCCUUUGGCUUCCAAACUAGAGCACUUUUCUUUGGCGUUUCCAUGAGGCUUUGUGCUGUAAUCAGGGCUCAUUUGGAGGGGGAACGCACAGGAACGCAGUUCCGGCAGUGCCCCAAAGAGGUCACAUGACAGGUGGCCCCGCCCACCUGACUCUCGGCCAUUUUGAGCCCAUUUCGGCCUGGAUUGGGGCCAAAAUGGCCUGGAUCGGGCCUCUGACAGGUGGUGGAUCACUCUCCUGCUCAGCAGCAGCCCAAUCCGGACCAUUUGGGGCCCCUUUUCAGCCCCUUUUUUGGCAUUUUAGGCCCAAUUUCGGCCCUGAAUGGCCAGGAUUGGGUCCAAAACAGCCAGGAUAGGUGAUGUCAGGGGGUGUGGCAUAUGCAAAUCAGUUAUACUAAUGACACACUUCUGGUGAUGGAAAGAGGUGUGGCAUAUGCUAAUAAGUCAUGCUAAUGAGUUAUGCUAAUGACCCCUGGCUGUAAUCAUCUUGUUUCCAGCCCCCCCCCCCCCGAUUAAUAUUCUUUCCCCAAACUCUACUCUGUUUGGAAAGAAUGCCAUCCAAGCCGCAUCUUUGGCUUAACCCUUUAGUUCCCACCCCCAACAGAAAUUAAGCCAAAAUACUUGUGUGACUGCAUAUAGCCAUAUGGCCAUCUUUCCUCCCUGUCAUCUGUUUUCUUCACUGUCAACAAUAAGGCUAUGUGCCCCUUAGGGGAAGGAUCUGUCUUUUUUUCUUUUUUAACAACGGCAUGAAGCUUGAUAGCACUAAAUGAAUAAUAACAUUAUAAUCAUGGCAGUCACCAGUCCUAUCAACUCUGAUUCUCACUUUCGUAUGCCACAGUUAUUUAAAAAAUUACCUUAUAGAUGGCUUACUCACAGGCCAUGCCGAGCUUUGUAAAUUCAGUGGUAAUGAAAGCUGUGCUUAUGUGUGUGUGUAUGAGUAUGUAAGUGUAACCCGGUUCCUUUGAGCCAAAACAGGCUGUAGCAUAAAGCGAAUCCACAAAGUUCCCCACGUCACUUUCCUGCCCCAUUGUUCUGAAGAGCCCUAGACGCUGCUGGAUAAACAUCGCUUGGAACUCCUAUCUGUAGGCAAGAAGAAAUAUUCAAUGUCUUCCAAAAAUGCGUUUCCGGUGGUUUACAAACAGGCCAAUUGGUCUAAUAAAAAGUGAAGGGAAUUGCUUUUUUCCAGUGACCUCAGCAGGAGAGUUUAAAUGGCAAUUUACCAAUUUUAAUAUGAAACUAGUCCACGUGACUUCAUUUUCUGGGUUAUUCCCUGGCUAUAAUUUUAUGUAGAGCUUAGAUGAGGUUUCAGUUGCGUCCCGCGGUUCAGAGAUCAUGGAUAAAUUGAUAAUUUUUUUACAUACAUCUGAUGAAGAUGCAUGAGCUAAUUAGAGUCUUAUUACAAUGUUUUAAUACUCGUUUUCCCAUUGAUUGCAUUAUAUAAUUUCUGUGCCAUCACUUGCAAUAAGUGGUUAUACUUUCUCUGGUCCUUCCCUUUUGGGUUUUGUACUGGGGUAUCGAGGGCCCACUCCCCUCUUUCUUUUCCUUAUUGUUGAUGUGGACAAGGGGCCUUGAAGAAAUGUUCUGUUUCGUUUGGAAAUGUGCUUUGAGUUGUAUUAUAAACAGGCCAAUUGGCACAAUAAAAAGUAU